AUAUAGUUUAGUCGUUUCUCGUCGUGACGUCCUCAGCCUGGUUUCCUGUUACUGACAACAAAUCAACUCAGUAAAGAAGAUAAACUGAAAACUUCCCCAGCUGUUCUCACGUUUGGUUCCUGUCGACAAACAUGCUUGAAGUGACGUGUUCCAGACGUGUUGGAUGACGUUUUCCCGUCUGACUCUCAGCUGACUCCUCGUCUGGACACCCACCCAGCCAUGAUCACGGUGCUGGAAAUGGGGGCUGCUCGCCACUUCCUGCGAACCCAGCAGCUGGCCCGGACCGCCGAGGAGAGAGCCCAGAUCCUGCAGCCCACGCUAGAGAUCAACGCAGGACACGAUCUGAUCAAGAAGCUGCACCAGCUGAAGGACUCCGACUCUGAACUGGCCGGAUUGUUGCUGGAACAGAUCUAUGACAACGCCAUGAUCGCUGCAGGCUUAAACGACGAUCCCCGACCCAUGAUUUCCCGCCUCAACGAUCUCCUGACCAAAGCUCUGGAGAAGCACUGAGAGCUGCUGCAGACAGACUCUGUUCUGGUGACGGUGGCCUGAAGGUCUGACGAAGCCAAAGAGCUGCAGUUAGUGAAGAACGCUGCAGACCUUCGUUUAUCUGAAGCCAUAAAUUCACCUUCUUCCCCUCUGGAGUCCUUCAGUACACGGCUUAAAAAGGAAAACAUGGAAUGAAGUGUGUUCAGCACUAUUUCAUCAGGAAGUUCAGUCCACGCUAACAUCAGGUAGAAGACUGUCUGCUCAUGAAGGUUCCUCCUGUUCAUUCAUUUCACUUCACGCUCCCAUCAGGCGUAGACAUGUGAAAAACAACAUUUAGUUUCAGACCUGUAGUCCGGCUCAGCCAGCUCCUGAAAACAUCGGUUCUGAUCUCUACAAAGUUUUCUGAUUCCUGUUGAAACAGCGAACAACAGAUGAGUCCAGUGGAUCGGAGGUUUGAAGCUGAAGAGAUGUUUGUGCUGCAGUUAGAAAUGGAAAACACCAGAAUGAAAAUAGAACCAUCGCUGUCCUGCUUUAUUUUUCAUCUUUGUUCUAUUAUUUCAUACUUUAUGUUCAUUUUUGUGGUUUAUUAGGAGCUAAUAACCUGAAAUGUGUCCAUAUUUACUGUCUUCAUUCAGGUUUUGAGGAAUUUAAUGUGAAAUUAUUUUAAAUUCUGUCUAAACAUUUGUGGAGCUGGUGGUGGUUCCUGAUAUUAAAGCAAAUAAGAUUCAUCCUCAUGUUAAAAAAAAGAGGUAAAUCCAGAACUUCUUGAAAAUACAGUUUACUGCAUUUCAAAGAAACAUCUGAAAAUCUGAGAGAAACCUCAGCUUCAGGACGUCUUCCUCCUGUCAGUCUCUGAACAUUUAGAGACAGACGGACUGCAGUUAGAAGGAAACAGUUCCAGUGAUUGUCAGUUUCUCUGCCAGCAUCCCAGCACCGUCAGUUCAUCUGAAUCACAUCAGACCUCCUGUCCAGGCUUCCUGCUCCUCCAGGUCUCACCUCCUGACUGUCCAACAGCAUCAAAUCCCAGAUGAGGAUCAGGAAAGCUUGUCUAUGUUGGCCAAGAAGCGCUGGGCCCACCAUUCAUCCAGAUCUAUGGGCACAAAGGCUGGGAGGAGGGGAGGGUGAGGGGAGAAAGGAGUUUAAGAAUCACUGGCAUGAGAUCAAUUAAAAGUCUGCAGCCACGUCUUUGGUGUGUGAGGAUGGAAAGGUGAUAAAACCCUAGAAAACUAUUGAAAAGAUGAAAUAUGUGGAGUAAACUUAGUGUUUCUAUGCCUGUCAAUUACUGUCAUACAAUAAAAUAAAGUAAUAAAGGAUUACAUUUUAAAACCAA